CUUCAUCUACAAAUUGCAAAAGAAGUGGGAGACAAAGCUGGAGAGAGACGGGCCUAUGGAAGUCUUGGCAAUGCCUUUCAUAGCCUAGGCAACUUUCCUAAGGUAAUCGAGUACUGUGAGCGUCAUCUACAAAUUGCAAAAGAAGUGGGAAACAAAGCUGGAGAAGGAGAGUCAUACGCCAAAGAGGAGGAUGAGGUACCUUAUUACACCGGCAGGAAAGAUUUGGCAGAUAUAGAAGAUGCAACAGUAGACACUGAAGACAAUGGAAAGACUUUGAUCAAAAGAGGAAAAAUCGGAGGUAAGGAAGACUCAUGGCACCUGAGGGAAGCUGGUGCCUCUAUCAAACUUUGCAGUGGAGCUGUACAACAACCUGUGCCAUUUGCAUGUAGAUGCUUAUUGUGGAACCCCAGGACCCUCUCCCCCUCCACUGCCAGUGAUGAGAUAUUGGUUAGCAGUGUUAUUGAAAUAUCUCAUGAUGGCCCACCAGAUCUGGAUUACAAGAAAAGUUUUGAAGGAAUAAUUUUUACUGUAUCUUUGAUGCACAGUGCCCCAUAUUUGGAGGGGUAUGAGGUGGUUAUCAAGCAACUGACUGACAAAGAGAACAAUGAAUGGAAGGAAUUAAAGACACACAAUACUUGGCAUGGAUCAGGUAACGUUAUGUUUUUAUUAAAUACAGCUGUGAAUAACUUAAUAAUAACUUAAUAAAUGAUCAUGAUAUUCCUAGGUUCC